AUGCUGGCCUCAGGGCUGCUUCCUGUGGCUUUGCCAGCCUGUCUGACUAUACUGGUCUUGAUGUCUGUCUGGUGGCAGAGGAAGCUCGAGGGGAAACUGCCUCCUGGACCCACCCCUUUGCCCUUCGUCGGGAACUACCUGCAGCUGAACACCCAGCAGAUGUACAACUCCUUCAUGAAGAUUGAGCGCUAUGGCCCUGUGUUCACGGUCCGCCUGGGGCCCUGGCGGGUCGUGGUGCUGUGUGGAUAUGACACUGUGACAGAGGCUCUGGUGGACCAGGCUGAGGAAGUCAGUGGACGAGGCAAGCAGGCUAACUUCAACUGGCUCUUCAAAGGCUAUGGCUUGGCGUUCGGCAGCUGGGAGCGCGCCGAGCAGGCCCGGCGCUUCCCCAUCACCACACUGCGGGACUUCGGCGUGGGCAAGCGCGGCAUCGAGGAGCGCAUCCAGGGGGAGGCGGGCUUCCUCAUCGAGGUCUGCCGGGGCAUGCGCGGCGCCUUCCUCGAUCCCACCUUCUUCCUGAGCCGAACCGUCUCCAAUGGCAUCAGCUCCAUCGUCUUCGGGGGCCGCUUUGACUACGAGGACAAAGAGUUCCUGUCACUGCUUCGUAGGAUGCUGGGAAGCUUCCAGCUCACAGCUACGUCUACCGGCCAGCUCUGUGAGGUGUUCUACUCAGUGACGAAAUACCUGCCAGGGCCCCAGCAACAGGCAUUUAAGGAGCUGCAGGGGCUGGAGGACUUCAUAGCCGAGAAGGUGGAGCAGAGCCAAUGCACUCUGGAUCCCAACUCCCCAUGGAACCUCAUCGACUCCUUCUUCAUCCGCAUGCAGGAGGAGAAGAAGAACCCUAACACGGAGUUCUACUUGAAGAACCUGGUCCUGACCACACUGAACCUCUUCUUUGCGGGCACUGAGACGGUCAGCACGACCCUGCUGCUCAUGAAGCACCCAGAUGUGGAGGCCAAAACCCAUGAGGAGAUUGACCACAUGAUUGGCAAGAGCCAUCAGCCCACGUUCAAGGACGGAGCCAAGAUGCCCUACACAGAGGCUGUGAUCCACGAGACCCAGAGAUUCUGAGACAUGAUCCCCGUGGGCCCGGCCCGCAGAAUCACCAAGGAUACCGAGUUUCGAGACUUCCUCCUCCCCAAGGGCGCCGAAGUGUUCCCUAUGCUGGGCUCCGUGCUGAGCGACCCCAAGUUCUUCUCCAACCCGUGAGAUUUCAACCCCCAGCACUUCCUGGAUGAGAAGUUUAAGAAGAGUGAUGCUUUUGUGCCCUUCUCCAUCGGAAAGCGGUACUGUUUCGGAGAAGGCCUGGCUAGAAUGGAGCUCCUUCUCUUCCUCACCACCAUCAUGAAGAACUUCCACUUCAAGUCCCCACAGUCGCCCCAGGACAUCGACGUGUCCCCCAAACACGUGGGCUUUGUCACCAUCCCACGAAACUACACCAUGAGCUUCCUGCCCCGGUGA